AUGCUCGCCGAAGCGCUUGGCAUCUCAGUGAAUGAGAGAGCCCUUAUUUUCCGUUUCUUGUCGCCGUGGUUUGAGGCUGAGAACCUCCUGGCGUCUUUGAAGAAGCUGUCCCUCCUCGACGAGCCAGUCGCUCAGUGGUGGGGAGUGAGGUCUUUGCUGACAGCGAUCCCGGAAGCCAUCACCAAGGAGCCAGCCAUGCGGGGUGCCUUUGACACAAGCGUGGUGUCGGGCCUGCAGGAGGAGCUAGACCGCCGUCGUGCCGCAGCUGCAGAAGAGCUGGUCGCCAUCGAGCCCAAGAAGGAGGAAUGUAAAGCGGAGCUGUCGCAAGCGGAGGUGGCCUUCGAGGAGGCCAAGGCCAAGCAGCACCUGGGGGCCGAGGCUUACACAGAAGCCCGAUCAGCCCAAUCCGCUGCGGAAGGCAAAGUCAAGGAAGCGCAGAAGGCUUUGUCUGCUCUGGAUCCACAAGUGAAAUCCCUGCAGAAGGACCUCAAGAAGCUGGAGGCAGAGCUGACCGCCUUCUAUGCUGGACCUCGCUCGGCCCUGGCUGAACUAGCUGAGAG